AUGCCUCAGUCUCGACCGCAACCCUCAACCAUCCUCAUUGUUGGGGGAGGCGCUCUGGGCGUCAGCACCGCCAUAUCCCUUCUGCAACGCCCGAAAUACUCCAACACAGCCAUCGCGAUUGUGGACGCUUCUCCCAAAUUUCCCAACCGAUCUGCCGCAUCCUGGGACACAAGCCGAAUCUUGCGCGCCGACUAUGCAGAAAAAGCAUACACGAAACUCGUGUCUCAAGCCUGGAAAUACUGGAACGAUGUGAGCAGCGAUGCAUGGGGCGGUGCAGGUCGAUACCAUGAUGCACCGCUCCUGCUUACGUCGCAGCCAGGAGUUGAUGGCCACGUUGAUGGGUACCUGGAAGAAAGCCUGGCCAACGUCAAGGACCUGGCCCGCUCUGGCGACUACGACUUCUCCUUGAACGACAUCAAGGAGCUUCCGAAUAAGGAGGCAAUCAAAGGUGCGUCAGGUUUCCCCGGCACCAGCGGAGAUUUUGGUUAUAUGAACGACAAAUGUGGCUGGGUCAACGCUGAGGCGGUUGUCAAGUACCUCUACGAGAAGCUGGAACAGGUCUGGCGAGACCGCGUUGAGGUCAAACCCGCCUCAAAGGUCCGUCAACUACUUUACGAGGGCCAUGGAUCACCACUUCGCUGUUCAGGCGUGGAGAUCGAAGGUGGCACUCACCUUUAUGCGGACCUCACCAUUCUGGCAGCAGGAGCAUGGACUCCAUCGCUGAUUGAUUUCCACGGUCGCGCAGUGGCCACGGGACAGGUUUUGUCAUACAUCACUCUGACGGAAGCCGAACAACAAACGUUGAGUCCGAUGCCUAUAUACUUCAACAUGAGUCGCGGCAUGUUCAUGGUUCCUGCGCACAAUGGCGAGCUGAAAUGGGGCCGCCAUGGAUACGGAUAUCAAAAUCCCACAUCGAUGCACCUGGAGGGGAAAGACGUACUGGUCAGCGUUCCACGACCCGACUUACCUAUCCCUGCGGAAGCGGAAACAGCCUGCAAAGAAUUUCUGCUCGAACUAUUCCCACAUUGGAAGGAUAAGCAAGUCACAAAGACGAGGCUUUGUUGGUAUUGCGACACACCGACAGGAGACUUUCUGAUCGAUUAUCACCCUCACUACCAGGAUCUGUUUCUCGUGACCGGCGACAGUGGCCAUGGUUUUAAAGUCCUGCCCGUCAUUGGAGACAAGGUCGUGGAUGCAAUUGACGGCGAACUCGAUCAAGAACUACAGCGGUUAUGGCGAUGGAGAGAAGCGGCUCCUGGGCCGUGGAGUGGUACAGAUGAUGGCACGCGAGGUGGAAGACGAGGCAUGAUCUUGAACGACGAGAUUGAAGCUGGAACAUGA